UGCUGGCCAUUUUUUUGUACGAAAAUUUUGCAUCAAAAAAUUAAUUGUUUUCCACAAUUUUCAAUCACCAAAUUGCCAUCGAAUACAAUGAGCAAUUCAACGAUGACAACAACAACAACAACAACAAUGGGCAAAAUAAUUUGGCCACCCGAUUCAGUACGUGGAAUGCGUGAUUUAAAUCGUGAUCUAUUUCGUCGAAUUGUACGAAUACCAUUUGUUGUUACCGAUAUCAACAAUAUAGAUACAGUUGGUCAAUUAUUACGGCCAUAUUUUCUUAAAAUCAAUCAAUUCAAACCGAUACAAGAAUAUGAAUCAUCAUCGUCAAAUGAAAAAAGAAAAAUAUUUUUGAAUCCCGAUCACUCCGAACUAUUCGAAUCAUUAAUCAGCGAUCUAAUAGAACAUCAAUUUUUAUGUCGAUUAACAAAAACAACGGAAGAAUUCAUUGGCCAUGAAGAAAUUGAACUAAAAUAUGAACAUUUUAAUCAUCUAACGAUAUUUCGUUCAAUAUUCGAUCAUAAUAAUGAAUCUAGCGACAACAGCAAUCCAGAUUUUUCACUUUCCGGUUUCAGUACAAUUGGUCACAUCAUUCAUCUGAAUCUUCGUGAAAAUUUGUUGCCAUAUAAAAAACUUAUCGGUCAGGUUCUACUUGAUAAAAUCAAAGGUUGCCGUUUAGUGGUGAAUAAAAUCGAUAUAAUCGAUACAAAAUAUCGUAAUUUCGCUAUGGAAACAUUGGCCAGCGAUGAUGAUCCAUCCGUCACUACGGUUGUCGAUACGACAGAAUGUAAUGUACGAUUUCGUUUUGAUUUUGCUGAUGUUUAUUGGAAUCCACGUCUUAGUCAUGAACGUACAUUGAUUCUGAAGAAACUGAAUCGUGAAAUUGAUCACGUUUAUGAUGUGUUUGCUGGUGUUGGUCCAUUUGCUGUGACGGCAGCAAAACUUCGAAAAUGUCAAUGUCUAGCAAAUGACCUAAAUCCAGCAUCAUAUCGUUGGUUAAAGGAAAAUGUACAAUUAAAUAAAGUUGAACAUUUAGUCCGUUGUUUCAAUCAGGAUGGCCGUGAAUUCAUUCGUAAUCAAGUGAAAGAAGAUUUAAUCAAACAAAUUCAAUCAUUCGAUGGUUCCAACAUUAAUCGUCAACAUCAUGUAAUAAUGAAUCUACCGGCCAUGGCUAUUGAAUUUCUCAAUGAAUUUAAUGGAUUAUUAUCAUCGAUUCGUGGUGAUGAAAAUUAUCAAUAUGAAAUUCCAUUUCUACGUAUACAUUGUUAUUGUUUUCUCAAAGGCAAAGCUGAAGAUUCUGAUCAACUUUGGAAAUUGGCUAGUGAAAAUCUUGGUCAUACAAUUUCAUCGGAUAAUAUUGAAGAAUUACAUGAAGUUCGUAAAGUUGCACCAAAUAAAUUAAUGUAUCGACUUAGUUUUCGUAUUGAUAAGAAUAUUCUCUAUGGACGAACAUUCAAUAAUGAUGAUGAUGGUGAUAAUGGAAAUGAACAAAAAAUUCGUUCCGAAUCAAAUGUGAUGAAAAGAUUAAAAGUUAAAUAAUCAAUUUCUGUAAAUUUUUUUUUGUAAAUAGAAAAAAAAUGUCGAAAAAAUUUCCAAAAAAUAAUCGUUCAACAAAUAGUGGGGGCGGUAGUAAAUCCAACAAUAAAAGCCGCAGUAAUAGCAGUAAUAAUUUCUUCAAAGUUGAUCCAAAACGAGCAAUAAAAGCAAAAAAGAAUAAAGCAAAUGUUAAAUAUAAAAAUGAAA